AUGGCGCGCAGCGGUCAUCGCAAAGCAACAGGACGCCCAUCUAUCAAGAACACAGCUCGAACGACACUAUUGUACGAAACAGCCACGCUCACCAUGUCACGCAAGCUCUGUAUUAUGAACGCUGCGAAAGACAACUCAAUUAACUACUCAUUGGACACCUACUUUCCUGGAAUCUCGGGUGCACCGCGUAAGACUGCAUGGAAGCGAAUCUAUCGUUGGGAAAAAUAUCGGUCGUCGAUUGAAGCUGCUGCAAACAAACCAAACCUACAAUUCAUGAAAUCCAUCCGACCUCUUCGAACAUCGACAACACUGGACACUGCCGCCGAAGAAGGACUUGUGGCGUGGGUCAACGAGCUGAGGAGCGAAGGGAUCCCAGUCAGCAAUAUGCUUCUACAGACAAGUGCUCGUGAGGUUGCAAACGACUUGGGUCUUACCGAGAGUCAAUUUCGUGCUGGUUCGACUUGGGUGAAAUCGUUCUUGAACCGGUGGAGCCUAUCCAUGCGAUCGAAAACCAGCGCCGGCCAGUCCAGCGCCGAAGAGGGCGAAGCAAUGCUGACUCAGUUGGCGGACAAAAUCCGGCGCAUUGUUGACACCAAUGGCAUUGAGCUCAUCUACAACGCUGAUUAA